AUGGCUGAUCAUGAUCCAGAAAAUAAAUUAAAUAACUCUUUCGUCAAAAUCCAAAAUAUAGUAUCAAAUAAAAACACAAAUAAUUCAAGUACAGCAACCGUACAUAGCAUAAGUGUUAAAAAGGAUGAUAAUUCAAUUGAUACAAAGCCAAAAGACCACUUAUCGAAAACAGAAGAAGAGCUAAUCGAACAAGAUUUAACAGACGAAGAUGACACAUAUGAGGAACCAUCGAUAGAAAAAUACCUUCCAGGUAUUUAUGUUGAUGUCAAACUGAAGACGAAAUAUAUCGAACACAUUGGACGAAAAGUUGUUGUUCCGACUAUAAUAGACUUCUACUCCGAGUGUCUGAAGAAAUAUGGUGAUGAAAGUAAUUUCAUUUAUGAAGAAUCAUACCUGGAAGAUAUGAAAAUUAAAGAUGAUGGAUUUCGCAGCGAAAAUAGGAACAAAUCUAAAAAAUAUCCAAUAGACAAUAAUACUUGUGGUAUAGAUGAUAAUAACAACAUAAAUUACGCAAUACAAUCGCAAACAACGUACGAAUAUGGUACACAAAACAGAGGGGAUAUUAGCUAUGUAGAAUCUCAAAGAGGCUUACAGCACGAAGACAAUAUUGAUGAUGUUGUAUGGUUAGAAAAUAGACCAAAUGAUCCACUUUUACGCUGUAUACGCUCUAUCACUGACAGACUGAAUAUACAGGGUAUAGUAGGAGAUCCUUCAUCAUAUCUGAAGGAAGGUGGUGAUGACAUGCAUUACGAUAUUAAUGAUCCAUUCAUUGAUGAUAGUGCCAUGUUGUCUGAAUUAAAUAUGAGCAGAAAUGAUAUUUUGUUAAAAAGAGACAUGGAAAGAGAAUUCUCCGAUUGGAGUGAAGAAGAUGAAGAUAUAGACAUACAAGAAAUCAAACCAAGCGAUUUCAUAGCAAACUGUUACGAUGCAUUUAAGAUGGAAAUUGCAAAAAAUUCUAUAAAGGAAAACGAAUGUACAUUAUUUUUCAAUCCAGGUGGUUGGAGAAAAUAUAUGUCAAGGAUUCCAAAACAGUUCCUUACAAUAUACUAUGAAUUCGAGAAUGCAAACAAAAAUAUAGCUGAUCAUCUUACUGACAAAGUGAUACGUACUAAACUUAAAAUUUUCCUGGAAUCUAUUUUCAAAAAAUUAGUGAAAGUGCAAGAACCAAAACCAAAGAGCAAAUUGGUGAAUUCAAAUGGAAAAAAUGAAGAUGAAACCAUUUCAAAAAAACAGAAGAUAAAAAAUGAUGAAUUCAAAAUUUUUGGUCUGAACUGCAUAUUGCCAUGGAGAAUUAUAGGGGUUAAUGGUAGAAUUUUGAGGUGGAUAGUAAGAUCAAUUAUAUCCAUAACUAAUGCAAUGUCGCCAUAUGAUCUACACAAGGAGUGGUUAACACAAGUCAUCUUACAUAACGAACACAUGAUUUGUGAGCAGACUGAGAAGUUGAGGUCAAAACUAACAACUAAACUGCAAGCUAUAGAGAAAAAAAAUAUACUCGUAGAUUCUUUUACUGAAUCUAUCAAAAGCCUUUCUAAAAACAUUGGAAACAUUCGUAAAAUCCUAAAAGAAUACAAAGAUCAUGCUAACGCAUCAAAAUCUGUGCAAAUGAAACAGGAUAAAAAGGACGGAAACACAAAGGCUAAAGGAAAUACUGAAACCACAAAGGGUUCUAACACUGGCUCUUGUCUGGAAGAUAAAAGGGAUAUUCAACAUGAAACAGAGAUUUCUUCUACUUACAAUGAGAACAUUAAGCUUGUAUCCAAAAAUGACUCCAAUGCAGAGCCCCUCUGUGAUAUAUCCACCCAAAACAAUGUUUUUUGUUCAGAUAAAGAAGAUGAUUCUCUUGGAAACGAUGAUUCACUCCAAACAAUUGAAGGUAAAGAAACCAACACUGGCAGUCAAAAUACGACUAAUUUAAAAGAAUCCACACUGAACAAGGAUACAGAUAAGACGAGCGAGAGUAAUAUGGGAGACUAUGGGAUUGCUUAUUUCUUGAAACGUUCCAAAAUAUGGAAAAGAAUAAAGGGGGUUCAUAGCAUAUAUAGAUUAGUUGGAAAUGAGAUGUUAGUGUUUAUACAAAUGGUCAAUAUCAGUCUAUCAGUCAUAAGCACUAUAGGUGACACAGAUUUUGGAUAUAUAGUUGAAGAAAACACAUUGCAACAACCAUUGUUCGAUCAAUCGUAUAAGAGACUCAGCGACAUAGUUGCCAAAAUAGUGAAUGAAACAAACAGUACAAAAGUAAACAUACCAUUAGAUGUCACAAAAGUCGUUGUAAUACAUCUACAGCAAGUUCUUAAAGUUAAAGACCUCUUUGAAAGAAAAAAUAAGCGACCAUUAUUGUUCAUUGAUAAUUCUAAAUUACAAGCGGCGCCUGGAAGGGCUCUUAUCAUAGGAAGUAAAGACAAGUUUAAAAGGACGACUUCCAAAGAAAAAACAAAUGGAAAAAACAACAUAACAGACAAAAAUCAUGAAAGAACCAAAAGGGAAAUGCAGAACAAAGAUGAUCCAAAUAUACAAACUAAUCUCGGGAAUAAUUCUCAACAUACACAUUUCCCAGGCAAGUUCCUUAAGAUUAAGUGUAUAAUUGUUUUGUAUAGAAAAAAAUGA